AUGGACAAGUAUGGACAACCCCGCUGCCGCCCCCAGGCCCUGCCCCAGGGGCGGGACGGGAGUGGCCGCGCCCCUCUCCGUGACGUCGCCGGCGCGGCAGCGGCCUCGCCCCUACGCAGGCGCGGGGCGGCCAUGUCGGAGCCCGUGGAGCGGCGCUUGGCCCAAUUCCGCGCCGCCCGCCGCAGUGCCGGUGCCGCUGCCGCCCCGCGCCCCGCCGAGCCGCUGAGAGAGGCCGUGGCUCCGGGGGCCGCCGAGGGACGGCGGGUCGCAGCAGCGGGGCAGGGCGGCGGCGCUGAGGCCCGUCCCGGCGGGGCGGUGGCUCCGGUGUGGGCGCGUCCGCUGCUACUGAAGGUGCUGCUGUGGGCGGUGCUGCUGGCGCUGUUCGUGGAGCUGGAGCUGGGGCUUCCCUACUUUGUGCUGUCCCUGCUGUACUGGAUGUACGCCGGCACCCGCGGCCCCGCCGAGCGGCGCCCGGGCGAGCUGAGCGCUUACUCUGUCUUCAACCCCGGCUGCGCCGCCAUCGCCGGGACGCUGACGGCCGAGCAGCUGGAGCGGGAGCUGCAUUACCGACCCGCCGCCGGGAGGUAGCGAGCGGCCCGGCGGGUCAGCCGCUUUGCGGGGACGACCUCCGCUCCCUCCUCCCCGCCGGACCAGGGACGCGAGGAAGAGCGGAGGGAGGAAAUGGGUUAUUUCAAUGUGAAACGCCACACGCGCCUUAUUCCUCGCCCGGUCUCCCCAGACGCGGGUUUGGUCCCCAAUAAAGCCGAAGCGAAGCGCGGGCUCUGGUCUCGUUUCCUGGAGCGGCCGGGCCCGGGCCACACAGCCCCGGGGCAGCUGCUGCAGCGGCACCGAGAGGCACGGCCUUCCCCCAGCUGUAGCCCCCGGCUUGUCAGAGGGUGAAUUUCAGCUCUUACUGACCUUAGCCACUGGUGGAGAGAAAUCUGGUGGUGGUGGUGGACACCUUUAGUAGACAGGCCAGCUGCUUUUCUUUCAGCGCUAGCUGGAGCCCUGUUGCUGAAGGAAAGACAUGAGGCAAUUGUCAGUAUAUCUAAACAAAAAGGCUGCUGCUUCUGUUCAUCUAACACAAACAUCUGAUUUUCAUAGUACAGCUUUCAUCAAUUGCAGGGUACACACACACACACACA